UUAGAUUUAUAUGCCUGGAAUAAAAAGUAUUUAUCACAGAGGAGAACGGUGAAUUUUCAUGUUAAAUUUGAAUCAUGUCGAACAAAACUGAAGAAGUAUUCAAGUUAGACUUGAAAAUUCGCCACGCCGAGUAUAUAUUUAAUCGAACGAGUGACUUCGAGAAAACGAGUCCCGUAGUUGAGGCUAAAACAUUGAAGGGAACUAAAUGGUAUUUAAGAGUGUACCGAUAUCAAUCAUCACUUCCAGGUUGUUUUACGUGUUGUCUAUGCAGGCUAUAUGACGACGACAAAUCGGAAGAUAUAUCAGUAACAUAUAAAUUAGAACUGAUUGAUAGAUAUGAGAAGAUUUUCAAAUCAGUCGUAAAGGAAAAUAUCCCUUUUUCAAAAAGAACUGGCAGUGAAGUUGACAGUUUUCUAGACUGUUCCUAUGAACAGUAUAGGAAAUUUACGAGAAUCCGGCGUCCGACAUUAAUUUUCCGCUGCCACAUAAUUGAAGCAAACUACGAAAAACAAGCAAUGACGGUGGAAAUUUCGACUGUAAUCCUUACGCAGUGGAAAAUAAGCAUUCCUGGUCCUGAAAAUUGGACGAUGAAAUAAAAAGUUCCAUUUCAUGAAUGUACUCAUAUAGAUAUAAUUAUUCAAGCUUCCGAUGAAAGAAUCAACAUAAAAAUUGAAAAAGUGGAUUUGUUACAACCUUAUAAAAUGAAUAUAUCAAUAUUAAGUGAUGAAAAUCGUAAAGUAGAUUGUGAAUUGCCAAAAAAAGCCGUCGAAAACCAGAAAUUUGAGAUCUGGAUUGAAAAAAGCCAACUUGUGGACAAAUCAUGCUUUCACUUACCGUAUUCGUUCACUCUGGUAUGUUCCAUUACAACUUCUGAUGGAAAUUCUGAUUCAAUCGCUGACAGUGGGAAGCAGGAUGAUUCCUCUCCAAGUUUAAAGGCUUCUCCUUUAACUCUGCAAAAAGAUCUUAAGAAAAUGUUAUUGAAUGACAAGCAUAGCGACGUAAAAUUGAAGACACGUGAUAAAAUCAUAGCAGCUCACAAAUGCUUGCUGUCAGCCCGAUCUCCCGUGUUCGCUACCAUGUUCGAUCAAGAUAUGUUGGAAACUCAGACUGGAGUAGUUAAUAUUCCUGAUGUGGAAAGUGAUACUCUGCAAUCAUUUUUAGAGUUUCUGUACACUGACACGAUCACCAACACUGAUUAUGAGAAAUUGUUGAAACUGAUGUUUGUGGCUGAGAAAUAUCAAGUGGAUUACUUGAUGAAACGAUGCUCAUUAAUACUGAUGUCCAAACUGUCGUUGGAGAACGUCUGUGAAGUGGUUUCUGUUUCUGAUAUGGUCAAUCAAUCGAAUUUGAAAUUGUGUGCAAUAAAUUUUAUAAAAGAAAACAAAAAGAAGAUUGUUUCCUCACCUGCUUGGUCAGAGUGGGUGGGAAAGAACUUGAAAUUGGCAGUCGAAGUUUUGUCGAAGUUGAUUGAUGUUUGAACCGAAACGCAAUGCAAAUUUCACUAAAAGAAAGAUUCCUGAAAUUAUAAGAAAGAGCUGCCUUGGCACAGAUGGUGAAAUUGGCUCUAUUUCUGUGAUAAUGAAAUUUUUAGUUACGUAUUUUUCAAAAUGUUAGAUAAAAAUAUACUUUUUAUGUAAUUUGUACUUUCAUAACAGUAUAUAAUUUUGAUUAUAUUUCUUGUGCUUAUUUCAAAAUAUUAAGGAACGAAGUUAUAUUUUUAUGGAGCUAAUUUAAAGUUAUAUUUCUUACCUUACUUCGUUUAUUUGCAAUUUCAUCAAAAAUAAAAUGAAUACGCCAGCAAUUUCCAUACAGUAUUUGAUGAUUUAAAUUUAAUUUUAUCUGUUGUUAAUCUAAGUUGCAUAAGUAAUGCAUGCACAUGUGUUUCAAAAAAUAUUUUUGAACAUAAAUCAUUUUCAAAUUUCAUCACAAAUAAAAAUUCGUAACUCCUU